AAAUAGGCGUGUUUUUUUUGUAGCUCGCCCAAAUAAGCAAGUGUUGGAAUUACAAAAAUGUGACGAUAGUGAAUUUAUCUCGCUUAUGCCUCCGAUGCUUCUUCCCGGCAAUUACAAACCAAGAAUACCACCAAGGCACCAAUGUACUAGCUUCCCUUUUAUUCUUCAUCUUCCUCACUUAAUCCCUCAAUUUACAGAUCUAAACCCUAAUUUAUUACAGAAUCACUAGAUUUCUUCACUAAAAUUUCGUCAAUGAUCUGAUUUUUCAAAAAUAAUUUUCUCGUUUGAUAUGGAAGCAGGAGAUGUGAUUCCACUUCCCUCUUGUGGAGAUUCUGACAAUGAAAUUCACGACGAUAAAGCUGAGGUUGGUAAAGUAGGUAUUUCAGAUGGAGAAAUUCUGGAGCAAAAUUUGGAUAAUGAUGCUGAAAUUGAAGAAGGCCAGUUUAUUUCGAAGAUGGAGAUUGCUCAAGUUUUAACUGAAACUAUUGAUACUGCUGAAAAUGCCGUUGUUUCUGUGAAAACUGUUGCUGAAUUUGAAAGGAACAAUACUGAGAUGUCAUCUGAGAACGGUUUUACUAUCGAACACGAAGCUUCAGAGGGUUGUCUUCAAGAUAUUGGUUCUAUAUCAGGUAUUAAACGAAUGCGAAUGACAUCUGAUGAGGAGCAGCCAUCUGUCCGUGUCAAGUAUUCUUGCUUGUCAAGACAGAGCAAGCACAAAUUGGAGGAGUUGUUACGACAGUGGUCAGAGUGGCAUGUGCAAAAUUUCUCUGGAACUCUAGAUCAAAAUGGAGGAUCAGAAACUGGGGAAGAAAUUUACUUUCCAGCUUUAGAUGUUGGCACAGAAAAGACUUCCGCUGUGAGCUUCUGGAUGGAGAAUGAUACAUGGAAGCCAGAUAACAAGGAUUUUAUACCGAUGGAGGAUGCUUCUGUCCCUCUGUAUGACCGUGGAUUUGCAUUAGGUUCAAUCUCAGUCGAUGGAACAAGUAACUUGGAGGGGGGAUUGGAACUAUUGGAUGCCCCACGCUGUUUCAAUUGUGGUUCAUAUAGCCAUUCUCUAAAGGAAUGUCCAAAGCCUCGGGACAAUGCUGCUGUUAAUAACUCUCGGAAGGAGCUUAAGUCCAAACGUAAUCAGACUUCUGGAAUGCGCAAUCUUACUAGAUAUUAUCAGGACUCCCCUGGGGGAAAGUAUGAGGGAUUAAUGCCUGGUGUUCUUGAUGCAGAAACAAGGCGCCUUUUGGGUCUCGGGGAGUUUGAUCCACCUCCAUGGCUUAAUAGAAUGCGAGAAAUUGGCUAUCCUCCAGGAUAUAUGGAGCCGGAAGAUGAGAAGCUGCCUUCUGGAAUUACCAUAUAUGCUGAUGAGGAAAUUAAAGAGGACAAAGAGGAUGGUGAAAUUCUUGAAGCGGACCUCGUUGAAACGCCGCAGAAAAUGAGUGUGAAGUAUCCUGGUUUAAAUGCACCUAUUCCGAAGGAUGCAGAUGAAAGAGUAUGGGCAGCAAGAUCUUCAAAUCCUGACCGUCAUCGGAAUGGUGACAAUGCUCACUCUAAUCAUUAUUCAGAACCUUUUAGUAGGGGACGUAAUCGAGAGCAUAAUAACCGAGGUGAUGACCCAUUUGGCUUUGAGAGAGCUUCCAGGUAUACACCAAGGUAUGGAGAUCAAGACUUUAGUUCCCCAUCCAACAGCUCAAGAAAAAACGCUCCUGCAUCAAGAAGUCCUAGUUCUGGAAGGUCUGGGGUUGAUAGAGGUAGAAAUGACCCUUUGGAUGCGGAAGAUUCUUUAACUUCCCGUCUAUACAACUCCUAUUCGUAUAACUCGAGUCGACGUUUUUCAGAGCAUAACAACGGUUCAGAUGGUAGCAGAGUUGAUCAAUCUGAUUAUUCUUCCAGAGGUAGGGAUAGAGAUGAUAGAUAUCAUCAUCGUAGUGGGCGAUGAGCAGCAAAACUUUCAAUUAGACCACAUCACAAGUUGUACAAAGUUGGGUGUUAGCUUAUAUCGGAUUUUGUUGUACCAUUGUGUUAUAUUAUUUAUGUACCUUAAUUUCCUCAUUUUGCCCAAUAUGUUUACUUUUGGGUCAAAUCAAAAUUUGCUUUGUCUUUCUAUUGUACUAUUACUAUAUUC